AUGUGUCCCGCGGUGGCUGCUGGGAAGCGCUGAGAACCGGAAGUAAACAUUGACGUAUUGGCUUAGUUUCUGUCCGGUAGUUUCGGGGUCCGCUGCGACAGGACUUGAGGAGGCCAGAUAACAAUGGCGGCUGCAGCUGUGGACACAGUUAAUGCCGCCCCCGUGGCAGGGUCCAAAGAAAUGAGUUUGGAGGAACCAAAGAAGAUGACCAGAGAGGACUGGAGAAAGAAGAAAGAGCUAGAAGAACAGCGAAAACUGGGUAAUGCUCCUGCAGAAGUUGAUGAAGAAGGAAAAGACAUCAACCCUCAUAUUCCUCAGUAUAUUUCUUCAGUGCCAUGGUAUAUUGAUCCAUCAAAAAGACCUACUUUAAAGCACCAGAGACCACAACCAGAAAAACAGAAACAGUUCAGCUCAUCUGUUGAAUGGUAUAAGAGGGGUGUAAAAGAGAAUUCCAUAACUACUAAGUAUCGCGAAGGAGCGUGUGAAAAUUGUGGGGCCAUGACACACAAAAAGAAAGACUGCUUUGAGAGACCCAGGCGAGUUGGAGCAAAAUUUACAGGAACUAACAUAGCUCCAGACGAACAUGUCCAGCCUCAGCUGAUGUUUGACUAUGAUGGGAAGAGGGAUCGGUGGAAUGGCUACAAUCCAGAAGAACACAUGAAAAUUGUAGAAGAAUAUGCCAAAGUUGAUCUGGCAAAACGAACACUGAAAGCCCAGAAACUCCAAGAAGAAUUAGCCUCAGGAAAGUUAGUGGAACAGGCUAAUUCUCCAAAACACCAGUGGGGAGAAGAGGAACCAAAUUCUCAAAUGGAAAAAGAUCAUAAUAGUGAGGAUGAGGAUGAAGAUAAAUAUGCAGAUGAUAUUGACAUGCCUGGACAGAACUUUGACUCUAAGAGACGGAUUACUGUUCGGAAUCUCAGGAUUCGAGAAGAUAUUGCAAAAUAUUUGCGGAAUUUAGAUCCAAAUUCUGCUUACUAUGAUCCCAAAACUAGAGCGAUGAGAGAAAAUCCCUAUGCCAAUGCAGGAAAGAAUCCAGAUGAAGUGAGCUAUGCAGGAGACAACUUUGUUAGAUACACAGGUGAUACCAUUUCAAUGGCUCAGACACAGUUGUUUGCAUGGGAAGCCUAUGACAAGGGAUCUGAAGUGCACCUGCAGGCUGAUCCCACCAAACUAGAGCUCUUGUAUAAGUCCUUCAAGGUCAAAAAAGAAGACUUCAAAGAACAGCAGAAAGAAAGCAUCCUGGAAAAGUAUGGUGGCCAAGAACAUUUGGAUGCUCCUCCAGCUGAAUUGCUUUUAGCUCAGACAGAAGACUAUGUGGAGUAUUCAAGACAUGGGACAGUCAUUAAAGGACAGGAGCGGGCUGUCGCCUGCUCCAAAUAUGAGGAGGAUGUGAAGAUCCACAAUCACACGCAUAUCUGGGGAUCUUACUGGAAAGAAGGCCGAUGGGGAUACAAAUGCUGUCACUCUUUUGUCAAGUAUUCCUAUUGCACUGGAGAAGCUGGGAAGGAGAUUGUUAAUUCAGAAGAAUGUCUUGUAGAUGAUAUAACUGGAGAAGAAUCCGUGAAAAAACCUCAAACCCUCAUGGAGAUACAUCAGGAAAAACUAAAAGAGGAUAAAAAGAAGAAAAAGAAGAAGAAGAAGAAGCAUCGAAAGAGCAGCUCAGAUAGUGAUGACGAAGAAAAGAAACAUGAAAAACUGAAAAAGGCACUGAAUGCAGAGGAGGCCCGCCUUCUUCAUGUCAAGGAGCUCAUGCAGGUUGAUGAGAGGAAGCGGCCUUACAAUAUCCUGUAUGAAACUCGGGAACCCACCGAGGAGGAAAUGGAGGCCUAUAGAAUGAAGCGUCAGAGGCCGGAUGACCCCAUGGCCUCUUUCCUUGGACAGUAGUAACUAGUUGCAGAUGGUCAUUCAUGGUAAACACAGCUGAAGAUACAUUCUUUUCAGCUUCUUGCCAGUGAUUGUAGAUGGAAAAAUCAAGUGUCUGCUCAUCUUGCUGCCUGACUUUAAUAAAGCUUCCAGAAGUCUAACAGUAAAUUCAUUCCUUUCCAUGCUGAAGGAAUAGAAGAAAAACAAAGAGGAGGUACAUUAAGAGCAGAUUAAGAUUUUUAUUUCCAAUUUUAUAUUAGUGAUAUGGAAAGAGGCCCUGGCUGGCUUGCUCAAUAUAUUUAUACCUUUCUGUCUCUAUGCCCGCCCCCCCCCUUUCUCUCAUCUUCCACUCAAUAGUUAAGUCUUAAACUUUAUUUUUAACGGUAGAUUAAUUUUUCUCAAAACUAGGGCUUUAUUUUUUUUAAUUAGUAACUAUAAUUGUUAUUUUAUAGUAAUUUGUUUUUGCUUUCUAAUGUUUUCCUGGUUUGCAAUUAAAAAAAAAAUUCUAUCUGAAAGGAAAUUUAUAGAACAUGUGAAUAACUUUAUUCACUUUGGUGGUAAUUCUGUUUUUCACUCAUUUAUAAAAUUUUAAUUUUUAAAAUACUUUCUUAUGUCUUACACCCAGAACUAAACGUGUUAGCCUUUGAAUGGAAAAAUAGCUGUUUUGGCAUUCUUGAGUCAGAGUUGACCAAUCAGUGUUAGGUCUCUUACCAUUCUAUAUAAUAAAAGCAUAAUAUGCAAAUCUA